UCCAAUGCCCACCUUCGAGUUUUGCGUGCCAGCCAUCAAAUGGCAGGAGCAUAUGCAUUGCCCCUGAUCAGAUCUGCGAUAGACAAAAACAGUGUCCUGGAGGAGAUGAUGAAUUAUAUUGCGAUUUCACCUGCCCGGUUAACUGCACCUGUGUUGGUUUAUCUGUCACGUGUGAAAGCCCCUCAUGGCAGAGCGAUAACCCACCUAUCUUUCACAGAGACAUACGAAUAUUACGUAUUUCAUAUGUGCCACUGGUAUUGGAACCCGUUGAUGAGAAUACACUCUAUGGAGAUAAUAAUUCAACCACGUCAGAGGAAGAUCGCCGCAUCUCAAUCCAGUUGUCUGAACUACCAUACCUCGCUGAAUUGGAGUUGAUAUGUACUAGACUUGUCCAUCUUGAUUCCAAUGUCUUCAUGAAUAACACAAAUCUUUAUAAGAUGAAUCUCUCAGGCAAUGCAUUGACAGAUAUCGAGCAAGGGACCCUCGGUCGUCUUAAAAAUCUUCGAGAACUAGAUAUCACCAACACUUCGGUAGAUCCUGGACCUGACAACAAAGAUCUCUUCAUUGAAGUCAACGAUACUCUGACAAAAUUGUACGCUGACAAUUUUGUGUUCUGCUGCCUUCUUGACGAUAGCGUGGAUUGCCAAACAGAGAAAGACCGCUUCUCAUCCUGCGACAACCUCCUUCAGAAUCAGCUGCUACGUAUCCUCAUGUGGAUCUUAGGUAUCAGUGCUCUUAUCGGCAACUCCUUUGUGGUCUGCUAUCGUAUCCUGCAACGCAAACGAGUGGAGAAUAGUCAGGUUCAAUCCCACUUGAUCUCAAAUCUUGCGGUUUCUGAUCUCAUGAUGGGUGUCUACAUGAUGAUCAUUGCUUCAACAGACGAGUUUUACCGCGGUCAAUACUACCUCCACUCUGAGUACUGGAGAGGUGGUCUACUCUGCAGUGCGGCAGGGUUCAUAUCAAUGCUGUCCAGUGAGGUCUCUGUGUUUCUUGUCAUGAUCAUCAGCUUGGAUCGUCUCUUCUGCGUCGUCUUUCCUUUUCGGCAGAGUCUCCACCUGACUCCUAGGAAGUCUUUGAUCGUUAUCGUCGCGACCUGGAUCUUUUCGUUCUUGCUUAGUCUAGUCCCGCUUCUGGUCCCAUCCUACGUUGGACAUUUCUACGGGCAGUCUAGCGUGUGCUUGGCCCUGCCCCUGACCUCAGACACACUACCCGGUUGGGAGUACUCGGUCUUUAUCUUCUUGGGCAUCAACUUCUUCAGCUUCGCGGUGACUCUCGCCUGUUAUGUCGCCAUUUUCGCUGAGGUGUAUCGGUCGUCUGCGCGCAUGGCUGGGCGGAAGCAGCAAACCUCACAAAGCAGACGGAUGAACGGUCAGAUCAAGUUAGCAUCCAAGAUGGCGCUGAUUGUGGGCACUGAUUUCUGUUGUUGGAUGCCCGUCAUUAUCAUGGGUUUCCUCGCGAAGUCCGGUGCUGCCCAGAUCCCAGCUGACAUGUAUGUCUGGUCUGCCGUGAUCCUACUCCCUAUCAACUCGGCCAUCAAUCCCUAUCUCUACACGCUCUCUAGCCUUCAGCAGCGCAGGAAGCAGAGACUCAGAACCAAGGCACUGGCAACAAACAUGAGCAUGCAAGACGUCAAUACAAAAACCGAGAUCUCCAUCGAUCAGAAUCUGGACGACAGUAGUUCCGACGAAUCCGGUCAACGAAACAUAAACCCUCUGUAUGCCAGUCUAGCCAAACACUGCGUACUGACUCCCUUUACCCAGCUUGGUACAAGCACCCACAUCCAAACCCUCACUGAGUACAUCAACCAGCGUGGGACCAUGCCUUCAAUGGUGGACAGCGCCCUCAUACGACGGGAUGUCACGAAGGCCUUGUCAUACUUGAAGUCCAAGGGCGUGGUCGAUUUAGAGCCAGCUGAGGAGAAGAUAGCCGUGCAGUUGAGUUCUGGAGGGGAUGUCCGCCAGGCCUUCUUUGUGGUCUACAACGCCAAGGAUGUCCAGCGGUUGCUGCAACCAAGCAACAAAUCCUCUAACCUCAACAACCACCUGUCCGAUCAGCGGGAGUUUGUGAAGACUAUGCUGGAUGACCUGAAGGAGAAAGACGAGAAUCUGAAAACCAAGGACGACAAUCUUAAAGCCCAUUUGCACUAGUUAGGCCAGGAGGGAUUAGAUCUCCCUGCAUGGUCACCGACAGGUGGUUAUCUCAUCACAUCAGCUCUCAAUUACCAUAAGACAGAGGGAUCAUGUAGGACCAAUGGUCACCGAUUAGGCAUUGUUUGCUAUAUAGAGGGCGCAAAUAUCUAUUAGUAGUGCAGUGGGACUUUAAAGCCUCUCAGAUGCGAGAUUGGGAGCUUAGAUUUGUGUAAGAUUGUUCAAGCAUUAAUGAAAAGACGAGAAUAUGAAAACCUCUCAGGUGCCAGAUUAGGAGCUUAGAUUUGUGUUACAUUGUUUAAGCAUGAUUUAACGACAAGUAGAAUCACUAUAAAUCAUUUUUAUCCACAUUAAAGACCCGAUAUAAAGUCAUGGAUAGUUACUUUACAGUUGAUAUGUACCAACAAAAAAUGUGUUACUGUUGGAAAUCAAAUGAUAUCUCUUAAUUCAUACAGAUAUUAUAAAAACUCUAACGGCAGGAAGGAAGAGGAAGAGACAUUACAAUAAUACAUAUAUCAUUAUAAUGAUAUGCUGUUUAUACCGUCUUUUUAAUAGACCUUCUGUCUAGCGAUAAUUCUUUUUCUUGUAUAUAAACUACUCUCGGACCAUUGUAGAAGAUGUAUUUUACUAUAUUCUUGAAAGAAAUAUAUAUAUUUAUAAUCAAGUUUGUUGAUUGAAAUAACAUUACAUGAAGAUAAUUGAUAGUUUUUGUAUGAAUCAUAUAUAAUUCAAAUCAUUUGUACAUUUAAUAUUUGUUAUUGCUAUACAGUGUGUAUCAAAAAAA